AUGGCUUCUACAAUAUCCCUCAAGGAGCUGUCCAAGGCCAUCAAGGACUUUAUCGUCGAGCCAACCCUGCCCCUUCCCGAUGAUCUCAGCGAAACAAUUGCCGGCUACUUGCGGAGGCGUGAGAAAUAUGACGAGGCUGCGUCGGAUCGGCUGCAGGAGGAGCUGCUGCUCAUCUUUGAUAAGAAUGUUCGGGGCAACCCUGCCGCGUCUGGCGCCUGGCUGAGCAUCUUGCGCCGGCUGUUUACUGUGCUGCGGACUCCCGAGCGAAUACUGGUGUGGCUGGACGCUUGCAAGGGCAUUCUCGACAAGACGGGAUUCGACAAGAACGUCGUGGCCGAGGCCAUGGAGAUACUGAACGAGAUUGUCACCGUUUCCGACGAGUACCACGAUGACAUUGGCAAGGACUCGGCGUCGAACCCCCUCAUCGAUCGACUGUUUGAGAUAUGGAUGGACGAUUUUCACCCUGCCCGUUUCGAGGGCUAUCAGCCGUCGGAGCACACUGAAAAGAUGAUAAGCGAUGCGCUGGGGCAGUUUGGGAAGAAGCGACCAAAAGAAUUCUUCUCCUCCUUGGACGGCUACCUUAUCAAGAAAAAGUACAGAAGAGCCAGUCUGAAUUUCUUCUGUUCAUUUAUCCAGUCACAACCGCCUCACUUACAUCAAGUGGCUCAAACCCCUUUAUUUACCGAUCUCUUGACAUGCCUUCAGCAAGACACUUCGACCACUGUCAUCUCGGCUGCGCUGACCGCUCUCAUCAUGCUACUGCCGCACAUGCCCAGCUCUCUGGUGCCACACUUGCCCACUCUUUUCAACAUCUAUACCAGGCUACUCUUCUGGGAAAAGGAGAGGUCGGGGACCAUGGAGUCGCCCUUUCACGAUUCCGAACAGGCAAGCCGGUGGGAGGUUUUUGCAUACGACCCGGAGACGGAAGACACCAAUAUAUCACACCUAUCCAACUACUACACGGUCCUAUAUGGCCUAUACCCUAUUAAUUUCAUGGACUACAUUCGCAAACCGCAGAGAUAUAUGCGCCAUGCCAAUGUGUCCGGUGCGGACGAGAUUGAAGUACAGCCGACGGAGAUUCGGCAUCAGUCAGAACAAUUCAGGAGAUGCCAUAUCCUUCACCCUAAUUUCUAUACCCUCACAAUCGAAACGGAAAAGACAGAUUUUGGGCGGUGGAUCAAGAGCGAAGCCGCCGAAGUCGUCGCCGAAUGUAUGGCGCUGUGUAUUGCACCAGAAUCCCAGAUGUUUGGCGAACACGAGCUAUUGCAUCUUCCAGACUCUUCGGCUCAGGCUCUCAACGACGAGUUGAGCCAAGUGAGGUCAGAUCCUGGGUUGCUGAGCAGCUCAGUAACCAAGGUGAAUUCGUGGAGGAACACUCACAUGUCGGCGACAGAGUCCGUCACCAGCGACCGUACUCCCUCAACAUUGAUGCGGCGUGGCUCCCAAUCUAGCCAUCACUCGGCAAGAGACUCUGGCGAAGCUGCUCGAGCCAGGGAUAUGUUUGGCGUGGAUAGCCCCUCUGGCACUCAGCUGCUCCAGUCGGCUUCCCAUACUCAGCUUCAAGAUCUCAUCAGGUCGAAUAAGGCAAUCAAGAGCAGUCUUCACCAAUCCUUGGCAAACGAUAGCGUGCCUUCUCUUGCUCUAAGUCAUCAGGAGUCUAUUGUCGAUAGGCCAUCUACGAUGAUGACGCUGCCGCCGCAAACUCAUACUCCCGUAUCGGCUGGGGACAGUAGCAACGCCCAGAUUGCUCACCUGCAAAGACAACUCAUCUUGCUGCAAAAUGACCUCAGCUUUGAGAGAUAUCUCAAGCAGCAACACAUGGCCCAUAUCGGCGAGCUUAGAAGAAGGCAAAUGGCGGAGGCUGCUACAGAGGCAGAAAUGCAGAAUCUGAUUAUGAUGAACCGAAACCUCAAGAGCCGCUACGAAGAGGCCAAGAUGGCUGAGAUGCAGGUCCGCAAGGAGUCAGAAAAGAGCCGGGCCAUGGCGAAGAAGUGGGAAGCAGACCUUGCCAACAAGCUGAAAAACCUGCGUGAAGAGUCAAAGAAGAUGCAGACGGAGAUUGAAUCGGUUCGGAAAGAGCUCGAAGAGAGCCUGCGAGAAUGCGAAAAGCUACGGAAGCUCGUGUGCGACGCCGAGGUGAAGGAGCUGAAUGCAAAGCAAAACAUGCAGUCGAUUGAGAUACACGGCGCCGAGAUUGACCGGCUUAAGGCGGAAGUUGAGCGACUGUCGCUCUCGGAACGAGACUAUCAAGCGAGGGAGGUUGAACGAAUGGCGGCGGUCAACGCAGCCGAGGAGGCCCAGAACCAGCUGGAAACGCUCAAGCUGCAGUUGACAGCUUCGGAGGCAGAGAUGCAGCGAGCAAAGAAGCUUUUCCAAUCCCAGGUGGCAACGCUCCAGGCACAGCUCUCUGAAGCUCGUGACGAGCGGAACAGACCAGCGGUAACGGUGAACAUUGCAGUCGAGAGCGCUCUUGCGGCUAGCCGUGCGAAGCAGGCAGAGAUGCAGAAGCAAUACAGCCUGCUGACGCGCAAAUACACGGUGCUGCAGUCGUCUCUUCUGGAUAUGCAACUGGAAGCAUCGCUUGCAACGGAAAAAUCGAGCAUCGCGGAAGGUGAGGAAGACGGCAUGUCGUCGUCUACAGGCCCAAUGUCGAUGAAGUCAAGGCCGCUGCGACUUCUCUCAACGACGGAAGCAGCCGAGGGAGCAGGGUACAAUAUCACAUCUUCUCCCGGAUCAAACCCUGGGACUCCUACAUCCUCCGUGCUGCAGCCACUACAACCAACCAGCUCUGCGGGUACGGGUGGGACAGAUGGACAGUCGUCGUCGGCCAAUCUGUCGAUGAGCCCGGAAAGAAGCUAUUUCAGCGGUGGACUCCAGAGUAUGAUUCGAAGGGACAGUAAAGACAAGGCCAAGGAGGAGUCUGGCAAGCCCAAAAAGGAGAAGAAGACGCUGGGACUAAGGGGGAUCCGGGGAUUUGUUGGCAGUAGCUAGUUGAUAUUUGGGUGGAUUAUUGCUCCAGAUAUCGAUUUCUCUUUGGGUGAAAAUGAAGGAUAACUGUAUGCAUAUUUGCAAGGGCAACUGACUACUCGUGGGUAUACGAUAGAACCGGACAUGGAACAGUGGUGUGGAGUGUACAUGCAUUUGGGAGCCGAUGAUAUGAUGACUAGAGCCAGAGCCCAGGACUAUGGACAAUAAUGAGGACACGAGUAUAAUUUCUUGGUC